AUGAAGGUCGUCUCCAAGGGCGAGCCGCUGUCUAACGCGGAGGCGCUGGCGGCGGUACGCAAGCGCCUGGAGGAAUAUCGCAAACAGACGGCGCCACCUCCGUCUAAUGAAGAAUCUGGCGACGUAACCAUGGACGAUGGCACCGCGGACGACCUCCCACCGCUGACGGCGCUGGCGGGGAUCGGCCAGGAGGAGCCGAUUUCCGCGGAGAUGGACGAGUGGUACAAGCGCGUCAAGAAGCUGCAGCGCUUCCACCUGGACGACGCCAGCUGCUCGGAGGUCGACGCGGAUCGCACGAGGUUCCUGGAAGCGCUCGAGCGCUACCUGGCGCCCAUCUCAUAA